AUGUCAUUUACCAGUUGCCCAAUGCUUCUAUCAAGCUUUCUUAUGUCCAGCGUGAUAUACUGGAACGCUUAUUUUAUCGUUGCCUACAUUUUGAGGCAGCGUGUUCUAGAUAUUUAUCGUCGUCUGAACGAAGAUGAGCUUCGCAAACUUUGCCCUCUGAUCCUUUUUAUUCUUCGGGUUGGGUUUGGGUUUGCAAUAUCUUUUCCAUCAUGUGGAAUAGCUGCUGCUACGACUCCUUGGGGGGUUAAUCAGCCCCUGAAUCCCUUCGGUCAGGUCUGUGUCGUGUCGCAAGUUGCGAUAUGGGCAAACGAACUCUCCCUGAUUCGAUUCUACUCUCUCGAACUCUUCGUUCACCACAUACUCUGCCUCGUCGCAACAUCGAACAUUAUUCUAUCACCGUCUAUACACCAGAUCAAGCCCCUAUACAUCUACUUCGCUUCGCUGGUUGGAGAUGUUGGGCCAGUAUCCGUGAGCAUUCUUCGACUGCUCGGUUACCGUCUGAGUACACACAAACCGAUGUAUUGGACAUCCCUCGCGUCGACACUACUUCUGAUCUUUGUUCGCAUUGGGUGCGCAUUGUAUACUCUCACUCAAGUCAUGACGGACCCUUACAACCUUACCGACUGGGUCUGGGUCAUGGCCGUCUUGGUCUUCGGUUCCUACUCGAUCUACACUGCGAUUGUCAACUUGAAGCGUCUUGGAAUCAUCAAAGUCGAUACGAUACGAUAUAAAGUCACGUACUUCAACCUGUUCGAAGUCCCGAUCGCAAACAUGUACAUGGCACUCGCUUGUAGUGUUUCGUUGCUCUCGACCUUGUUCCUGUAUGGAAUCUAUUUGGAUCGGCCUUUGAGGACAGGAGAAACACAUCUCAUCUCGCUUCAUGCACUUGUCGCAGUAGUCAUCGGGUUGACUAUAGCUAUUGCUGUCAGAUGGGGCCUCCCUUACACCGCAUGCUCAACCAAUCCAUGGGGGGACUUGUACGUUCCAUUCGGGGUACUGGCUGCUGUCCACUACACCAAGUACAUCAGUCGACAAACCUAUGUCGACCACGAUACAGUCUUGGGAUCUAUGGGGAUCAGUGUCCCUCUUUUCUUCGUCUUUUCUGGAAUGGCCCAAUACUACACAGCCAAAGACGCCGCGGCAACACGCGAAGAGAAGAAGCCUGCAGAUGUCAACUACGCCAAGAUACAUCUCCAGUCGGCUACCAAACACGCGGCGAUAUUCGUUAUUACGCUAGGUGUUUCCUCUCUCAAGGAUAUGGAUGUCUCGGAUACGGCACGACUAGCUAGUUGUGCUUCUGUGUUGGGACAGCUUAGAACCCCCUGGCCCUUUGAUGAGAGUCCCCUAACUCUGGACAUAUGGAGACCAUUGGAUAGUUUGGCAUCCUUUAUCAAAUCUGAUUUAUCUCUUGCCAACGCUACUGCAUUGUAUAUCGGAUUCAAGAGCAGCAGCUUUGCCGAGGCUAUCCAGGCUCGUUUGAUCUUGGCGACGACUUUUACGGCGGCUACCUUCAUAUCAAGAAAAAUGGUUUCGUCAAAGUCAGACAAGGCAGCGUCAACGCCCAGCAAGUCCAGGGGGUCCCAUCUGAUCACUCUACUCUAUGUAAUUUUCGGUACUUUACAGGCUAUGUUGGUUUGGAAGUAUAUUACGUACGAAGACAGCACUUCGGAGGUCAGUGUUGGGUUCAAGAACUUCAGGUGCAUCCUAUCGGAUCCUCGUACUUGGGUAGGACUUGUACACAUGGCUGCAUUGCCUAUUGCUAUCCUUCAGGGGGCCACAUAG